CUAGAAGCUAACCACCUGUAAACUCUGAGCGUGCACCACCAGCACCUCACAAAAACUUCUUUAUCGCAACCUUUACCACCAAGCCAUCACGAAGGCUGCAAACCCACACGACCACACAACCACACAAAAGCCGAGAUUCAAUCGAGAGGGUGGAGAUGGAGCCGCGUUAAACGAAAUAGCAGCGACAUUAAGGCAAAUAAGACCCAACAAUAUACCCAAGGGCAAUCCAGCGGAUGAAGUGACGAUGUUAGGACGAAGAGCCCUAGCUGUGAAUAGCGACCACAGUGAUGACGCUAGGGCACGAAGCCCUAGCCGUGAACCCUAAAUCGACAAAACAUGAUCACCUCUAAACCAAGAGGGAAAGAUGACGAGCAAAGGAAAAGAUAUCGUUCGGGAACACAGAGAGAGAGAGAGAGAGAGACAAAAGCGAGGCCAACACUUCCAAGAUCAACGCGACAGCGACGGUAGAGCGCAAAAGAGAACCUAACCCUAAUAUGUAGCAUGGCUCUCCUCGCUAGCUAAAGAGCGAGCCCAAACAAGAAGAAAAAAAAAAGGAGAUUGCGACAUAUUUCUAUAUAACUGAAUUUAUCUGGCACCAAGAGACGAGAGACUCUAAAUCCAUUUGUUUCAAACCUCUCACCACAACACGAUGGCAGAAGUGAAGCUGCUGGGAUUUUGGCCAAGCUUUUUUGUUCACAGGGUGAUAUGGGCUCUAAAGCUCAAGGGUGUGAGCUAUGAGUACAUAGAAGAAGACCUUUCAAACAAGAGCCAGUUGCUCUUGCAGUCCAACCCAGUUUACAAGAAGGUGCCAGUGCUUGUCCAUGGCGGCAAGACGAUUGCUGAGUCCCUCAUCAUCCUCGAAUACAUCGAAGAAACAUGGCCAGAGAAGCCAUUGCUUCCAAAAGAUCCUCAUGAAAAAGCCCUUGCUCGAUUUUGGAUACAAUUUUUAGUAGAGAAGAUAGGGCCCAGCCUUAGUGCAUAUUUUCGAGCUGUUGGAGACGAAGAACAAGAAAAGGCAACAAAAGAGUUGCAAGAAGUUCUAAAAAUUUUGGAAGAACAAGUCCUUGGAGACAAAAUAUUCUUCGGCGGCGACACUAUUGGUCUGGUGGACAUUGCCUGUGGAGCUCUGAGUUACUGGUUUGAAUGCGUGGAAGAAGCGGUAGGGAAAAGAGUGAUAGAACCAGGCACUCUGCCUCGCUUGCAUACAUGGGCUCAGAAUUUUAAGCAAGCGCCUGUGAUCAAAGAGAACCUGCCUGAUCAUGGAAGACUGCUUGACUAUGUGAAACAUAAAAGAGAGAAGUUUGUCUUGGCCAAAAGCACUGCCCAGUAGUCAUAUGGGCUAUAGCUUUUUGCGUAGGGUCAUGGCUCACAUAUAUUUUAUGUGUAUAAUAUUAUUGUGUGCUUAUUUUAUAUAUCCAAUUUCAACUUCAU